CUGGCCCUUGCCGAUGCCUCCAGUUGCAACCAGGAGCCAGAGAGCUCUUCCUGCAGGAUGGAGCAGGGGAGAGCGGAAAUCAGGGCGUUGGGGUGAGAGUUUCCCGGCUGGGGUAGGAGCAGAGCCUGACCUCCAUGGGGCUGCUGGCAGGCUGAGGUGUGUAGGCCCCCCCAGCCCCAAGCACCAGGGACUGCUGGCUCCACAGAGGACAGAGAUGCACAGUUCCAUCCCAAGCCUGGGCAGGGUGAUGGUGUUCCUCGCAGCAGCCCUGGCAUCAGCCUCCUUUGCUAUCCCUGAAGACUGGGGAGAGGAAGGUGUGCAGUAUGGACAGCUGGGGACAGACGUGACCCUGUCAUGCCCUGGUGCCCGUGCCAGCUCAGCAGUGCGGUGGAGGCGAGCGGGCGCCGCGGCGCUGCCGGAGGGCUCGGUGAUCCAGCAGGGAUCGCUGGUGCUGCCCAGCGCCAGCCCGGCCCUCGGGGGCACGUACAGCUGCCACGGCGAGGACGGCAGCCUGCUGCACUCCGUGUCCCUGCGACUGGGGCACCUGCCUGGAGUUCCCUUUGUGUCGUGCAGAGCAUCUGACUACGAGAAUUUCUCUUGCUCCUGGACCUCCAGUGUGGAGACCUUCCUUCCCACCAGAUAUAUCACCACAUACAGGAAGAAAUCCCUGACAGGCGAAGAAAAGCGGAGGAACAAGAACGGGCAUGUGGGGCUGUGCGUGCAGGAUCCGUCCCGCCCCGGCACCUGCACCGUGCACAGGUCAGAGUUCUGGAGCUCCUACCGCCUGAACAUCACCGAGGUGAACCCCCUGGGCUUCAGCUACCGCCUCCUUGAUGUCACCAUGCAGGCCAUCAUUAAGCCAGACCCUCCAGAGGGCUUGGUGGUGGAGCCCAUCCCUCUGGCCCCACGGCGGCUCCACGUGAGCUGGAAGUACCCUUCCUCCUGGCCAAAGGAGCCCCACUUCCAGCUGAGGUUUCGGCUCCAGUACCGACCCGUCAUCCACCGUUCCUGGUCCGUGGUAGAGACGGUGAAUCUGUCUGAGGUUAUCACGGAUGCCUUCGCCGGGCUGGAGCACGUGGUGCAAGUCAGUGCCAAAGAUUUCCUGGAUGCGGGGAAUUGGAGCGAGUGGAGUGCUGAGGCCCGGGCAACGCCAGUCAGAGACCUGGCCUCCACAGCAAGAGAAGAAACCACUACAUAUGCCAGACUGGAGAGCCUGGAUGAGGAGCCCUCCCAGGCUCCCAACCCUGAGCCCAUCAACGGCAGUGACCCCUUGGAGAAGAUGGCCGUCCUGGUGUCCCUUGGGAUCUUUGCCUUCUUCAUCCUGGCUGCUGUUCUUGUCAUCACCAUCCUCAUCUGGCUCCGGGUGAGGAAACACAGCAAGGACAAGACCAAACCCAGCUUUUUGGUUGCUGCCACCCACUUGAAGGCACUACCAACCUGGAGACAGUCCUGGUGUCCAAGGAAAAGUUCCCAGUGUUUUGUGUUCUGCCCUGGAGUGUGGUGUCACUAGGGGACACGUGCUGUGUGCUCCCCAUGCACACAUUUCUGAGCACUACCCCUCCUCAGGACUGCCAUGUUACUUGCUCGGAGGACAUGAUCUCCUCCCUUCCCCAUGGCAGGAACUCCAUCUUCUCCUCCAGCUGCAGGGACUAAAACAGAGCAGGACACACUUUGGGAGCUUCCCUGGGCAGCCUCUCUACCUGCUCUCCUCCCAUCAGCUGCACCUUUUCUUUCCCUUCCUUCACUGCCACAUCAGUUGCUUUGUCAGCAUGGGCACAAUAAACAAGAGGUUAUGGACAGCAUGGCCCAGACCUCUGCAGAAACUUCUGAAGGAGCUGGGGCACUCCAGUGCUGCCCAUGUCUCCAGGAUUCCAUGGAGCAGGUACUGGGCAGACAGAGCUCUGUACAGCUGUGCCUUUGUCUGCAUCCUGAAUAUGAUGGACCCCAGUUAAAGGUGCCUCUGGGAGUCUCGUGUGCUCUUGGUAGGGUCACAUCACAUUCCAGCAACUCCUAGCCUUUGAUCCCCACUGGGAUAUCCACCAGAUGUGGGAGCAGCUGGGCUCCACAUGAAUUCCAGGCACUGGCACCAGCACAGUCACCUCUGUGCUGAUGGAUCUGGAGGCCAUAAGGUGCCAAAAGUGUCCAAGAUCUGUCUGAGAUCCCCUCCUGGGAUGACGGUUGAUCCCCAGGAUGAUCUGCAGGUCUUAAAGGCGCUGAUUCCCAGGGGGAAGCUAACCUGGAAAGUUCUGAUCACUAGAAAUAAGCUGACCUGGAAGGCACUGCUGCCAGAGCGGAUGCUGACUCAGGAGGUGCUGAUUGCCAGUGAAGUGCUGGAGAUGCCAGCCUGGAGGGCCCAGAUCCCCUGGAGGAUCCUAACCUGGAAGAGAGAUGCCUGGCAGGAUGCCAAUCUGGCAGGCACCACUCCCCAGGGGUUUGCUGAUCUGAAAGGCACCAUUUAUCCAGAACAUGGUGCUUUUUCCCUACUGCCGAGCACUUCUUUCAGCUCCCCACUUUCACUGGGCAGCAGCUCAACCAGGGUCCUCUCCAAGGGCAUGGGUUAGGGAUCCACAGCCAGGAUCCUCUCCAAGGGGUGGGCUAGGGAUCCACAGCCAGGGUCCUCUCCAAGGGGUGGGUUAGAGAUCCACAGCCAGGGUCCUCUCCAAGGGGUGGGUUAGGGAUCCACAGCCAGGAUCCCCUCCAAAGGUUUGGGUUAGGGAUCCACAGCCAGGAUCCUCUCCAAGGGGUGGGCUAGGGAUCCACAGCCAGGAUCCCUUCCAAAGGUUUGGGCUAGGGAUCCACAGCCAGGGUCCUCUCCAAGGGGUGGGCUAGGGAUCCACAGCCAGGCAGGCAUCCAUGGCUGGCGGCAAGGAGCCUGGCAAGUCGCCUGGGGGAAGCUGAACCAGCAGCACCUAUUCCAAUUUCCCUCCUCCCCGGAGCUCCCAGCUGGGAGCCAUUGCCCGGCUAUGGGCAAGGGUGCAUGUGCCUCCCAGCUACUGCCAAAAUAACCACGAGCCGCGUCCUCCUGCAGGGGAGAAACACAGACUCUGUUUUCCCACUAGAUGGCAAGCAUUGCCUUCAAAAACAGCCUUCGGAGAAAUCGCGUCCAUCCCUCUGAGAGGAGGCUGGGAAAACGCUCAGGGAAAGGCCCUGGGGGUGACGGGCCUGAGGCUUCUUCAGCGUGGGGCUGGGGGUGGCAGGGACCCUGGCAUACUCCUCAUCUUGCUUUUUCUGUUAUUUCUGAAAUGGUUGUCCUUUCCCACCUGCCUGGUUUCUCCCUGGUCCUGGAAGAGCCACCCUUGUCCUGUGCUGGUGGGACUGAGCACCCUGGGCAUGCAGGAGAAGCACACCUGGUUAACCCUGGGUAGCACCUUGAACUUCCACAGCCAGAGAGUAAAGUCCAGGAGCUUUUCUGGGAAUUAAUUACACUGUGGUUUGCGAACCAAAUGAGUGUUCAUUCCUCUCUGCAAGUGCCCAGGUCCACAGGCAAGCCAUUAUGCUGUGUGUAAAUAAAGGAGGCAAGGAUGAAGGCUGUGCGUGGAGAUGUGCACACUUGUCUGAGGUCUUCUGCCAGCUCAGAAGUAUUUCCAGGCUUAAGUUUUAAUUCAGCCCCAGAUUUUUUCAUGGUCUCUGUAUUAUCCUUGUGCAGAAGUUUCCUGAGUGUUUGCUGCUGGCCCUGGCAUUGAUGCAAUGUUGCUGUGUGGUUAAACAUGAUGUGUCAUAGCUAAUGAAGGAGCUAACUGUGGAUGGUAAAUGUUUAAUAUGGACAAAACAAGCCAAUUAGGGGAUGUCAAGAGAAAAAUGUGUCAUCUCAGCUGUGUCUGUCCUGCGUGGAGGAGAGGUUCUGUGGAAGGGUGAAACCCCUGCCACUGCAGGAUCAGCAGCUCCUAACACCAGCCAAGUAUAAAGAUGCCGGAUGCAGAUCUUCCUGCAGAUCUUCAGUCCACCCUGUGGAUGCCUUCACCUCUGGGACAAGGACAGUUUUUUCAGAACAAGGCUUUGUUUCUGGAGUACAGACCUCUGGUUGGCUGGAGGGGAUGGCAGACAUCUCCAGUGCCGCGCCAGCAAAUGAGAAGCAGUAAAUCAUCUCACUUAAAACAUUCCUUGUAGACCCCCAACAGAAUCCUGGUGGUUCACAGCAUGCUGUAUGGCCUGGUUUUGUGGCGAGCCUGUGGCUCAGCAGUGCUCAGACAGGAGCACCAUGGAUCCCCAGCAAUGGCAGGCCCUCACCAACCAUUAAUUAAGUAACGGCAGCAGCUGUAUUUCCUCCACAAAGCACUGUGGAGCCCUGCUCCUCACAGCUUCCUCUGCCUCCCCCCGCCUCAGUUUCCCCCUGGGCACAUUGUUUGCUAUCAUUUACUUGGUUCCUUCAGGUGUCCUGGCCCCUUCCUUCAGGAAGAGAUCAUUGACCCUUCUUCCACGAGGGCUGGCAACUCCUUCACAGGGCUAUUUAUGGUCACAGAGAAAGCUCUGGAAAACGAAAGGAAUAAUGUGUCUGGGGAAUAGAAACUGAGGGAGCUGUUGGUAGCCAGUCAGCAGCCUGAGGCUCAGGGCAGCAGGCCAGGGAAUGAUUGUGAUGAGCCAAGCAGGUAGAAAGCCCUUCUGGCCCUUUCCAGCUGGGCUCCCUGCCAACCCUUGUGCUGGUAUGUGCUGGUGGCUGGGGACAGCAGGGACAGCAGGGACAACGGGCAUGGUGUGGGCUCUGGGGCAGCACCCCUGUGGCUUUGAGGCUUCCCAUCCCUUGGUGGAACUCACAGCCUCUGCAGGCAGCAGAGCAGAAGUUAAGCACAGACUUGGCUGCUUCCCUCCUGAAGCUGAGAUUUGCCAGCCCAGGAGGGUUUGACCUCUUGGCUUGAGGACACCAAGGAAUGGAGAAGUCCCCACAUCUGGGGCUGUCGUAUCUUUGCCUUGAUGUGGGCCUGAUCCCAGCUUUCCAGUCCAAGUCCUGGGAGCAAUUCUGUCUCUUCCCUGUAGGCCCAGAGUUCUGGGACUGGCUUCCACCAAACAAAUGCUUCCUGCCUCUGCAUGGCAUCUCUAAUUGGUGCCAGCCUGCCAUGGGCAGCAGCCACCCUCCCACCCCCCAGUCCUACUUUAGGCCUCGUCUCAGACGAGGAGGCUGGGCCCUGUCAGGAGUGGUCUCAAGAUAACCAGGGGCUGAAGCAAACUGGGGGCCACGUUCUCUCCCAUCCGCAGCAGGCUGACACCAUCCAUAUCCCUCAGCUCAUGCUGCCUGGUGAGAAAAUCCUCUAGGCACAGAGCUGGCAAUGCUUCAGAAAGUCUGGUAGAGCUGCACCCAGUAAGGACCUGCACCUCUCUGCCAGGCCCAGUGGCCUUGCCCAGGAUUUUGGCACAAUGUGGGGCACUGGUGGCAGACUCAAAGAGACUGCAGGGGACUGUGGGGCUGGAUAUCCCCUUUGUGCUUGUUCAGAUGCCCCAGCAGGGGCUGGAUGAGAGGCAUGAGCAGGCAAGGUAGCUGAAGGAGGUGGAGAAAUGUUUUUUCUGUGUGGUGCAGAGCUGAGUGAUGAGCCCUGUGGCAGGGCAAAGGCAAUAACCCACCAUGGCACACCGAGAGCCCCAGCAGAAUCAUCACACAAUAACCCAGGCCCUCACAGAGAGGAGCAAGGAUGCUCCAGCAACAUUUGCACCAAGAAAUCAGCUCUGCCAAGGACUGCUUUCUGGUUGGGAAUGUUGCCUGGCUUUGGGGUCGGGCUAGCUGACCUCGGCCAAAACCUGACGGAAAUGAUGCUCAGAGUGUUCCAGCACAAGGGGACAUUUGCUUCAUCUGCUGUCACCUGUGCAGCCCUGGUGCCCUGCAGUGGCACCUCUCUGUCUUCAGAGCACUGGGACAGUCAAGGAGGUCAGGCUCCUGCCUGUAGCCUGGCUAAAGAGAGCUACUGAGUUCAGGGCCCCCUGGAAGGGCAGAUGGAAGGAAGCACAGCACAAUUUGUGUGCCACCAUUGCUGGGAGGGCAGCCUGCUACUGCCCAGCAGGAGGGGAACCCAGCAGAAACCAAAGCCUCAAUUGGAGGAAAGAGGAAGAAGUCAACACUGUUGGUGUCUCAGAUCCUGCAGUGGGUUAGUGGCCUUCCCUUCCUGCGGGAUUUUUGCUGUUUGCUUAUUCUUAUUACAAUCAGCUUAGGAGCUUGGCUCUGCUCCAGGGCCCACUUCUGCAGAAAAGAGCCUCUUUCUCUUCCUUUUUGCGCCACAAUCCUCUAAAAGCAGCAGUCCCUAAGCUGUGGCCUGAGGAUCCCUGGUGAAGACCUCACAGGUAAUCUACAGACCUGGUUCACUUCUACAGUGCUCCAUGCUCUGCAGGGCUGGAAACCUAUAAAAGUGUUAGAACUGGGAUCUGGAGGCCAGAAGAAGUAUACUGAUGCCUGAAAGGUCAUGCUUUCAUUUCUUCAGGAAGGCAGUCACUUCAAAGAUAAAAAGCAAAAAGGAUCUGCCCUCUCUACUGGACCAUCAGCUGCAAAGGGAAGCACAGUUUCCCCUUGCACAGACUCCAGCACAGUCCAUGGGGCUGGUACUGUGAUUCCCCAUGUGCAGUAAUUCUAAUACCCUUCCUCAAAGCAUGCCUUGGAUGCAGAAAGUAAGAAAAGCCCCAAAAAGACAAGGAGAUUAGUUGUCAGGGAGAUGGGCAGCAGCUGAAAUCUCAUGAGGUGCAAGAAGGGGGUUCUGCCCCCCCAGCUGUGGGGUCUUGCUCCUGUCACACCAAGGGAAGCUCAGCCUCUUGGAAUCUCUGGGAUGUAGGUUGCUGAUGUCUUGUAUGUCUCCUGUGCUCCUCAUCUUUGCCAAGAACAGCAAGGAGGCAACACAACUCUCCACUGCUCCUCUACUCAUGGCUCAGGUCAGGAGACAAAGUACCUCUCCAAGCCACACAAUCCAUCAGCAGCAGAGGACAAAUUACCGCUGGCAGUGCAAAAAGAGAAAGGAUAAGACCAAGGUGUGGAGCUUGCAAGAGUCUCUGCAAGGAAAUGAACCUUCUCUGUAACACUUUGAGUAUUUACUGAAAUGUACACAGGGCUGUGUAAUCUGCAAACCUGAGCAGACUGUAAAAAGGGGGAAAGGAGCCAAGUCCUGCCUUUAUCAUUUAGAUUUACCUUCACUUCUUUUUUCUCUGAAGACAGUUUCUAGGCUAAGUUUUUGUGUCUUGUACCCAAUAAAGAUACGGAAAGCCCUUUAAUCUA